UACUCUUCCAUUGCCAGAGACGAAUAAAUUCACUUGCUCGGCCUACGGAGCACUCACCGGAAGCCUGCCUUAUAGCCUGGAUUUGCCAGAUUUCUCAGUCAAUUGGAUACACAUGAUCCAGUUUAGUGGAGAACUGGAAUUUGUUUGAGGGAAUUAUCUCAAUCACAGGAAUUUUUCACCCUGGCAGAAGAAAAUGAAGUUGUCUUUCUACACAAUCUUCUCCAAUCUGGAAAAUUGUACUGCCAUCUUCUUCAAGGGUUUCCUGGUCUACUAUCAAGUUGUAGUCAUGACCUGCAGCUCUUCCCAAAACCUGUCCCAUUGUGGUUUUGAGAAUGUUACUGAGUCUGGAGAAGAUACCUACCAAGAUAAGAUCUCUUCCCCAUGCCAUGAGCCAUAUUACAAGAUAGUACCUGCCAUGGACAAUAGCCAGCCUUUACCUGAAAUAUUCAACGAUUCAACUCAGGACAUCUGGAAUGACAGAAAGGGAAAUGGGAAGAUUCUUCAGUGUUCACCUGUGUGUGGACAACCAUCCAUCCCUAUUGACCAGGAUCAGGGGGCCCUGGAUACAUCCAAAGCAAAGCUGGGAAACUUUCCAUGGCAGGCACUCACCAUCAUUUAUGGACGUGGAGGAGGAGCUUUACUUGGGGAUCGCUGGAUCCUCACAGCUGCCCAUACCAUCUACCCCAAGGAGAGCUUCUUUCAAAAGAACCAAACUGUGGAAGUUUUUCUAGGACACACAGACCUAGAGGAAAUCAUAAGGCUGGGGACUCACUCUGUCCGAAGGGUCAUUGUACACCCUGACUACCGUCAAGAAGAACCAAACAACUUUGAGGGUGACAUCGCACUAUUGGAAUUAGAGAACAGAGUCUCCUUGAACCCCAAUAUCCUCCCCAUCUGUUUGCCAGACAGUGAGACUCUCUACAACAGUGGAUUGAUAGGCUACGUCAGUGGCUUUGGGAUGGAAAGAGGCCGAUUGGUUAGCCAGCUGAAAUAUGUGCGACUGCCCAUUGCCAAGCGAGAGGCUUGUGAGAACUGGCUUCUGGAGAAAAAUAGAACUGAAGUAUUUUCCUCAAACAUGUUCUGUGCUGGAGAUAGGACCUUAAAGCAAGAUGCCUGCCAGGGGGACAGUGGAGGAGUCUUUGCUGUGUGGGACAAUACUACAGAGCGUUGGAUGGCCACAGGAAUUGUGUCCUGGGGCAUUGACUGUGGAAAAGGUUUUGGCUUCUACACCAAGGUCCUCAAUUACACGGACUGGCUCAAAGGAAUAAUGGAAGGGGAGGCCUGAGCCUCUAGGCUUGCUCUAGUCUUGGCUCAAAAAUCACCAUAGAUUUGAGGUUCUCAAAAUGUGGUUUCAGGGAAAACUCAAAGUCAAAAAUAUUUUCAUAAAAAUACUAAGCCAUUUGAAUUCUAAUAUGGUAAAUAUCAAUAAAUAUAACCUACAAAAAGUUA